CGCGCUGUGCAUUCUGGGAACGACACAGUGACUUCAAGAUGGCGGCGAGCAGAAGGCUGGCCAAGGAACUUGAAGAGAUUCGACGAUCUGGGAUGAAGAACUUCAGAAACAUUCAAGUUGAGGAAUCAAACCUAUUGUCAUGGCAAGGGCUUAUUGUUCCUGACAAUCCUCCUUAUGAUAAAGGCGCGUUUAGGAUUGAAAUCAUUUUUCCAACCGAGUACCCGUUCAAGCCUCCAAAAAUCACAUUCAAGACAAAGAUCUAUCACCCCAACAUCGACGAGAAAGGUCAGGUGUGCUUGCCUGUGAUUAGUGCUGAGAAUUGGAAGCCUGCCACCAAAACUGACCAAGCCAGGAGGAAGCAAGACCAUCCAGCACAGAAAGGACUAACUUCUACACUAGCCCUGCACUGUUCCAUAAACUGACACCACCGCAUAUGGAACCAUCCGUCAGAUACGUGUUGGCAACAAGGAAUACCCUGUCCAAAUCAGCAGAGAGAGGAGACAUGAGGUGGCUGCGAAAAGACUGACUGCUCUCUGUGAAAUGGAAGAACUGCAAGGAGGUGACUGUAUGCAGCACAUUUCACAAAGCCUUCAGUGGAGACACCGUGCGGAGUGAAGGAGGGUGGUGUAUCCAGUAAACUCUUUCAUCUUGUUGAAUAUAUUGGCCACUGGAAGAGGAGAGACUCCACUGUCACAGAAGCCGUUCAGGGUGGUCCUCAUGAAAGAGCUCAGCAAUGAGUCUAAAGCUCCUGUUACUGCAACUGCUCCAAAACUUGGUCCCUUUAACACCUGCAGCCAGCUUUCAGUGGUGAGACUGCCACUGACAUGAGGAGGUGUGUGUUCUGUAGGGAGCAGAGCAAAAAAAACAUAUACAUAAUUUAUAAUUAGUAUAAAUAAUUUAUCUGUUCACUUGUUUUUCAAUGAUUUUUUUUCUGUGAAAUUCCUCCAGUUGGAGACACAAGUAUAGAAUUCAGCUUAUUUUUAUAUUAAUUUAAAUUGAUUUUUAUGCAGUGUACAGUGGUACAUUUUGAUGAUACAUGUGAUGACCAAAGACGAUGUCAUUUGCAGAGGGACUUAAAAUGGAAAUCAUCACUUUUAUUUGAUCAGAUUCCAUUUUAUGAGGUGAAAAACACAUUUGGCUAAAUUGUGCCCAAAUGGGAAUGACUUCACCUGGCACAUUGCUCACUAAAACCUUUGUGGAACAAAUAUGCCUUAACGGAUUCAGUCCAAAUUAGCUGCAGUUAUAGUCAAGAUGUUGAUGACUACAAUCUGAGGCUUCUCCUAGGAUUUCAAUAGAAUUUUCAUGGUGUUUUGCAAUGUGCAUUUAGAAAUAAUUUUGGUGAUGCUACAAACGUUUUUUAAUCACAUUGUGCAAUAAUGGUUUCACUUAUUAAAAAUAUUAUUUAAUGUCUUAUCUUUACACACAUACCAAAUGUUUGCAUUUACACCUCCUAACGGUGGAGCUAUUCAUGAUUUAGUUUGUGAUGUAUUUUGUAGGCGGAAAUUGCAUUUAAAACACUGGGGUUAAGAGGAUAAACCUUUGAGAUAUAUUCAGUGCAUAAUACCUAAAAGUACCUAUUAAAGUUUUAUCUCAAAGUGCAUCACCACUUGAUAUGAAUUUUGUUAAUAGAGCUAGCAGCCAUAUAUACAGUUCUUUUAAGCCAAACACCAAGGAAUUUUGCACAAUACUUAGGAAGAGAAUGCCUGUAAGCCCUAAUAAAUAUUGCUCAAUUUAGACUGCACAGUGAUAUAUAUAUAUAUAUAUAUAUAUACAGUAAAAGCGGCAGGUAGCAUUUUUCUUUUAAAGAAAAUCAUUAAAUUUAGGGACAUGAUAAACAAUGUAUACUAUUUCUAAUAUAAACAUGGUUGUCUGAGAUUACCUCGGGGAUUUAAUAGUAAACUAUAGAUUUUUUAUGCCUUUUUGAAUGUGGCAAAGUACUUUUGAACGGAAUUUUGAAUGAUUUUUGGUCGUAAAAGUAUUUAAUCCAAAAGCUUAUAUUGUUCCUCCUCUACAGGAGAACAUUUUGGAUAUUUCAAUGAUGAACCAUCUAUUUUUUAUGAAUUUGUGAAUUUAGCUAAGUACAAUGGAAAUGAAGGUUAAUACAUUUUGGUGUAAGUACCUAACUCAGGGGCAUGAAUAAACACUCAUACUGUUCCUUAUUUUAAUGAAUUUCUGAAUUUGGCCAUGUAUUGUAGAAUAGAUGUCUAAUUUUAUGGGCUUGUAUUGUAUGAACAACACUUUAUGUUUUGUAGGAAAAUCAUUACGUUUAGGAACAUUAUGAAGAAUGCAUAUUAUUGCCAAUAUGGUCAUGUUAUAUUUAAGAUAUUUUUGUAAUUUUAUGACAAACUAUGUAUUUUUAAUGAAUUUCUGAAAUUGGCCAAGUACUGUAGAAAUGGUUAGCUGUUUUUGUUUGUGGAAAAAGCACUAGGUCCAGAGACUUGCAUUAACACAUCUUGUUCUUUCUUCAGGUUGGUCAUCUGGCAAUAUUACAGGAAUUCUAUAAUGAAAUAUGGAUUUUAAAAUAAAUUUCUAAAUUCA